AUGAUGGAGAAAACUCGCUGGAGCAACCCGCCGACCAGCUCGGAGGACCUGAAGCUUCUGGUCAGGAAAGUGGAGGCGGCGAAGAAUCGCCUGUCAGAUCGGAGCAGGUGCAGCCCAGUGCAGCGGAUGAUAGGGGAAACUCCCAAGCCAACCGGGGAGUUGCUGUCGGACGCCAUGGUGGAGCCCGCGCUGCUGGGGGAAGGACCCGAGAUGGAGCGCAAAUUGGCCGCUCGCAAAGCAGCUCAGAAGGCGUUCGCGGAGGAGAGCUAUGAGGGCGAGGACCCGGACGCAACGUUCCUUUCACCCCGGCGAGCUGGUCUUCGUGUGGCGCAGCUGGAGAUCGCAGGGAGCUCGGUGAGCUCGGAACGUCAGAAGAAAUGCAAGGAGUGGAGGCUGUGCAUCAAGUGUUUCAAGAUCUUCAAGGCCGCUUCGGGCCGGAUCGCCGAGGUGUGCUUGACCACUCAGGAUCCACUACCUCCUGCUGAAGAAAGAGGUUAUCGAGACGAGCAAGUGGAUGCCGAAGGGGAGCAGCGAGGCCAGCCCCGCGUUCGGAUCUUCGAGCCGGAGACCCCGUAUCCGCUGCCACCUUUGCCGGCGCCUGAACCACCUCCAACCGCAGAGCCGGCUGAGACGCCAGUGUUGGAGGAAGCUGUGGCGCGCCAGCGCUCGAUGACAAGAGAGACGACUGGAGAACCUGAGGCGGAAGGACCGCCAAACGUCACCGAGCCGGACCUGGGCCAAGCUGUCUCUUCGGCGGCAGCGUCGCAGCCAAGAGGGCGCGAGAGGCGCAACAACCAUACCGUCCAGUUCGAGGACCGAGCUCACCCUUACCAACGAGGGCCGGUGGAGACGGACUGGUUUGCCGCGGAUGAGGUGGAGCCGAUGCCUCCUACGACAGCUUCUCCUCGAGAACCUCAGAGAGACCAUUGGCAACUGUUGGUGGAAAAGGGUGUCCUGAGAAGGCGCCAUGUGAAAUGGAGGUCGCAUCCCUUUUCUCCAUGGGAAGGUCCUCGAAUGCCAGUGCAGAUUGCCGACCUCACCUGUGAAAGGUCCACUUCGCGAAGGUACCGGGACGGCGCCCAAGAUCAUGAAGAUGAUGACUGGAAAAGCCUGAAGCCGUCUAAGAGGGCAAGCGGGAAGUGGAAAGGAGCCACGGACUUUUUCCUCACCAAGGCCGCCUUAAAGAACCUCCGAAAGAACUUGACUUCCGAGGAGGCCACUCAGGACACCAAGCGCUACAUGUACGAGGUCCUUUCGCCGGAAGCCUUCGCCGCGAAGAAGCUCAACAGUGACGAGGUCUUGGAGCGCAACAUUCCCGAAGAGGAGUGGCCGCAGUGGCACGCGGCCGACGCGGAAGAGUGGGCGAAAAUAGAAGGGUCACCGGCGGUGAGGGUACUGUCCUUGGCCGAGUCCCUCGAGACCCUCAAGCAACUGGAGAAGACCCAAGAGCUGGGCCGAGUGAUCGACAGUCGAAUAGUUCGACGCUACAAACCCUCGGAGCAGAUAGGCGAACCGCCAAGCUUCAAGUCGCGGUGGUGCGUGCGGGGUGAUCAAGACCCAGAUGCUUGUGAUCUCCAAGCUUACUCCCCGACAGUGUGCACGCAAAAUCUGCAGGUUAUCCUGCAGUUGGCCGCGAGUCACCGCGCCGGCUGGCAAGCUUUACGCGUAAAGCUUGCCGGGGAUGGCACCUUCAAGGAGUACUUGACCGGCAGCCUUCAGUACCGCCAGUCUCGCCUGGACCCGACAGUGUUCUCCCUGUACUUUGAAGAAAGGCUGGAGGGACUGAUCAUAGUGGAGAUAGACGACAUCCUGUCUUUCGGCUAUGCUGAGCACGACCGACGCCUCAGCGCGCUCAGGGAGAGGUUUAAGUUCGGCAAGUUCAAGUACCUGCAGGACCUGCGCGAGGGCACCACCUUCAAUGGAAGAAGGAUCCGUCAAGACAAGGACGGAACCAUUUCGGUCGACAUGGGCAAGUACGUCGAAGAGCGGAUGGCUCCCAUCUCCAUAGAGCGUGGACGGAGAAGCCAGCCAGACAGCCCGGUCACAGAAGAGGAAAGGCAGAAGGCCAGAGGAGCAAUUGGCUCCAUUGCAUGGGCCGCCAAAGAGGGAAGGCCUGACUUGGCGGCGCCCGCAAGCAUUUUGGCAUCCCGCAUGAAGACCAUGAAAGUGAAGGACCUGGUCGAAAUCAACAGAGCCAUUCAGAAUGCCAAGGCCAAGCGGGAUCUUACUUUGAAGUAUUUCCCGAUACCGCCCGACAAGCUUGGUGCGGUGGCGAUCGUGGCCUUCGACAAGAAGCUGCUGGAAGGCGAGUCGGCAGCUUGCUCCAUCGUGUGGUGGAAAUCCGGAAAGCUGCGGAGGAAGGUCAGCUCGACUCUGGCAGCGGAAGCUCAGUCCUUGAACAAAGGGCUUGGAGACUUGGUGUGGGCCCGAGCGAUCUAUGCGGAGCUCCUUGACCCGAAGUUCGACUUGGCAGAGUUCAGGCAAAGCUUAAAAGCCCAGGCCGAGUUGGUGCUGCAGAAAUCCGAUGCCGACAAGACGCUUCGGGAAUCCCUCUCCGUGGUGGACGCGAAGUCGCUGAAACCAACCGCAGGCAAGUUCACCGCGCUGGACGUGGCCAUCGCCCGUGAGAGGAUCGAUGGUCUGGGGGUUCAAGUUCGGUGGGUCGAGCACCAAAGCAUGAUCUUUGACGCCUUGACCAAGCUGGCGGCGAACCCUGAUGCCUUGCUGGGCGUGAUAGAAAAGGGCACCUUUAGACUUGUGGCGGAAGAAGACCGUCUACAAGAGCGCCUUCAUCGACGGGAGGUUGGACAAGUGAAGCGCAGGUAG